AUGGAUCGAGCAGGAGAAGAGCCUACCGGACCUACAAACCAGACCGAAUUCAAUAGUUCAACUACCUGUGAAUGGGAUCGAACUUCAGCUAAUCCCUUCUUUAUGGUAGUGCUCAGUCUUGUGUUUCUGGUAGGUCUCCUCCUCAAUGGCUUCAUCAUUAAGUUUUACUUAUGCCGAGCUGAGCAGAAGGCGUCCAGCAGCAUGAUGGUCUACCUGAAAAACUUGGCAGCAGCUGACUUCCUGCUCUGCCUCUCUCUUCCCAUCCGCAUCAUCCAGUAUGCCAGCAACUCUGUCACCAUCCGCCUGCUCAACUGCAACUUCGGCGUUGCCAUCCUCUACCUUAACAUGUAUGCCAGCAUCAUGUUCAUGGGGUACAUCGCUGCUAACAGGUAUCUGAAGGUGGUCCGUCAUUCAGGAACUCACAUCCUGCAGACUCUGCGGGCCGCUUACAUUGUCUCCACAGUAACCUGGGUCUUCCUCCUGACUGUGAUGAGCGCCUAUGUCAUCCUGUCGUUCACCCAGAAACCUUUGACCUCUGUCCCGGUGAGCUGUGAUUACUUGCUCGGUGGACGCUUCACCGUGUUCUUCAAGAUCAUCCACGCCUGCUCCACCGCCCUGUUCCUGUUUGUCCUUGCCUCGCUGUUCUUCUUCUACUACAGCACCUCACGCAGGGUGUCGCAGGCCCAGCAGAGGCAGCCGGCGUCCUCCAGCUCCACGAAGCUUGCAAGGUCGCGCAGGAACAUGUUAGUGCUGGUCAGCGUCUUCAGCUUUUGCUUCAUCCCUUACCACCUGGUUCGCCUUCCUAAAGUUUUCCUGGGGAGACACUGUUCAUGGGAUAAGAUUCUCUUCUACAUGAUGGAGCUGACUAUCAUAAUGUCAGUUCUCAACGUCUGCCUGGACCCACUCAUCUACUUCAUCCUCUGCAAGAAGUUCAGGACCCAGUUUAGGCUGCGAGGGUUGUGUGGAAAUUCAUAA